AUGGAUGUCAUAGUUGGGAUACCAGGCAAAUCUCCCAGUUCCUCCAAGUUCAGGGAACGAGGGUGUAAUUCAUACAAAUGUGGAGAUUGGUUUAGCUCUGAGGAUGAAGAUUGGAGGGCUGGGGGUGAUGAUAUACCUAAUGUUAGGCAUGAAUGUCAAUAUAUUUGUCAUGUUGAAGAAAAUAGUGAUGAUGGAUUCUCAAAUUAUGAAUCUGGUGAUGAGGGUGUUGCCACAAGCACAGAUACAAACAUUGAUGUUGAUGAAGAAUCAAGGGUUAAUAGGGAAAAAAAAAAGAAGUCUACCAUGCAUGAUACAUUUGAAUAUGGGUCUGAGUUUCAUGUUGGGGAUGGUGGAAACACAG